AUGAACACUUUAGUGAUAUGUUUGGACUGUAAUGUAAAUGGUCCAAUUUAUUCGGGCCCAGAUAAUCAAGAUUCGUGGCUCCGAGUCUCAGCUUGCCUGCAACAUCCUCCGUUAAUUUCAACGUUAGACUCUCAAGCUCAAGGUCUCUCGCUCUUGUUGGUUCGAGCUCGCGUGGAUGUAAACUCAAAUGCUCAGCUUCAACACUGGGGGCUAAAUUCAGAUGCUAGGAAAAUCUAUGGCCGCAGGAAGAGAAAUCUUGUAACCCAGAAAAAGAUGUUGGCUAAAGGUGCAGCAAUUUGGAAACUUUUGAUUGAGUCUUUUAGCCAUGCAGGGGUGAAGAUUUUAGAUGUUUGGGCAUGUGUGGAAUCUCUAAUUGAUAAGACUAAUAUGCAGUGCGAGGAAGAUUUGAUUAGAUCCAUUUUCUUACUACACGAAGCUGAUACAAUUUGUCAAACCCCUCUGAGCACACAACAUCGGGAAGAUAAAUUGGUCUUGGCUCCGAAUUCUGAAGGCAUCUUCACUGUGAAGAGUAUCUAUGAUGCUUCAGAAGGUCUCUUCAUAAAAGCCUCGGAUCCAGCAAGUAUUGAGGCUUAUUCCCUGACGGAGGAUUUGGUUUUGCUGCAGAUUGUGCUAGCAAGAUUUCAAGAAGCUUCAAAGAAUGGGAAUUUAAUUCCUGUAUACCGAUGUAUAUUCUCAGAUCACCUAACUCCAGUGCUUGCGUACCGAUGUCUGGUUAGGGAAGAUGAUAGAGAUGCUCCAAGCUUUCUGUUUGAAUCAGUCGAGCCUGGUUUGGAUGCUUCCACAAUCGGGCGAUAUAGCGUCGUAGGAGCUCAACCGAGUAUGGAGAUUGUGGCCAAAGAGAACAUGGUUACAAUAAUGGACCAUUAUGAAGGUCAUCGGAUGGAGGAGAUUGUGGAGGAUCCAAUGGAGGUUCCUAGAAGAAUCAUGGAGGGCUGGAAACCUCAACUUAUUGAUGAGCUUCCAGAAGCAUUUUGUGGUGGAUGGGUAGGUUAUUUCUCAUAUGACACAGUGAGGUAUGUAGAGAAGAAAAAGCUGCCUUUCUCCGGUGCCCCACCUGAUGAUAGAAAUCUCCCUGAUGUCCAUCUAGGCCUUUAUGAUGACGUGAUUGUGUUUGAUCAUGUGGAAAAGAAAGCUUAUGUGAUUCACUGGGUGCAAUUAGAUCAAUUUUCUUCUGUGGAGGAGGCCUUUAAAGAUGGAAUGAGCCGACUGGACAGUAUCUUAUCAAGAGUGCAUGAUAUUGCUACACCAAGGCUACCAGCAGGUUCAAUAAAGUUGUUCACUCGUCUUUUCGGCCCUAAAUUGGAGAAUUCAAGUAUGACGAGUGAAGAAUACAAGGAUGCAGUGUUACAGGCGAAGGACCAUAUUUUGGCUGGUGAUAUUUUCCAGAUUGUAUUAAGUCAGCGUUUUGAACGUCGGACAUAUGCAGAUCCUUUUGAAAUUUACAGAGCUUUGAGGAUUGUCAAUCCAAGUCCUUACAUGACUUAUUUACAAGCUAGAGGAUGUAUACUGGUUGCUUCUAGUCCUGAAAUUCUUACACGUGUGAAGAAGGAAAAGAUUACAAACCGUCCCCUUGCUGGGACCAUUAGGAGAGGAAAGACCCCUAAAGAAGAUAUAAUGUUGGAAAAGGAGCUUUUGAAUGAUCAAAAGCAAUGUGCAGAGCACAUUAUGCUUGUUGACUUGGGGAGGAAUGAUGUGGGAAAGGUCUCCAAACCUGGUUCUGUGAAGGUUGAAAAGCUCAUGAAUAUUGAACAUUAUUCCCAUGUUAUGCAUAUCAGCUCAACAGUCACUGGAGAGUUACUUGAUAAGUUAACUAGUUGGGAUGCUUUACGUGCUGCAUUGCCUGUUGGUACUGUUAGCGGAGCUCCAAAGGUGAAAGCCAUGGAAUUGAUCGAUCAGCUGGAAGUGACCAGACGCGGGCCCUAUAGUGGUGGAUUUGGAGGCAUUUCAUUUACUGGUGAUAUGGACAUUGCGCUUGCUCUUAGGACUAUUGUCUUCCCUACCAGUAUUCGUUAUGAUACAAUGUAUUCAUACAAGGAUGUGAACACACGUCGAGAAUGGGUAGCUCACCUCCAGGCUGGGGCUGGAGUUGUGGCUGAUAGUGAUCCUGCAGAUGAGCAGAGAGAGUGUGAGAACAAAGCCGCUGCUCUUGCCCGUGCCAUUGAUCUUGCAGAGUCAGCAUUUCUCAAGGAAUGA